GCUCGUCGGAUGGAAGCGCAGGAAGUCCUGGACGGACUCCGGUCCCGGGUGCUGCCUCGCCGCGUGAGGCGGGCUCCGCGCCCCUUCGGCUCGGCUCUGCCCACGGCUGUGCUCUGCGGCUACGGCUUCUUUGCCAACUUGCGGCCGUCCGAGCCUUUCCUGACGCCUUACCUGUUGGGACCGGACAAGAACCUCACCGAGACGCAGGUCUUCAAUGAAAUUUAUCCAGUAUGGACUUACUCUUAUUUGGUGCUGCUGUUCCCUGUCUUCCUGGCAACAGACUACCUCCGAUACAAGCCCGUCAUCCUUCUUCAAGGACUAAGCCUUAUAGUGACAUGGUUCAUGCUGCUCUAUGCCAAAGGACUGCUGGCUAUUCAGUUCCUUGAAUUCUUCUAUGGACUGGUGACUGCAACAGAAAUUGCCUAUUAUUCCUACAUCUAUAGUGUUGUGGACCUGAACUUAUACCAAAAAGUCACAAGCUACUGUCGAAGUGCUGCCCUUGUGGGUUACACUGUGGGCUCUGUCUGUGGGCAAAUCCUGGUGUCUGUUGCUGGCUGGUCGCUGUUCAUUUUGAAUGUGGUGUCUCUCACCUCCGUAUCUGUUGCCUUUGCCGUGGCCUGGUUUCUGCCCAUGCCACAGAAAAGCCUUUUCUUUCACCACCUCACAAGCACCCAGGUCAGUAAGGAAACGGAGGCUGUAGAUUGUAAAAAUGGAACAGUCAUCCACGAUGAUCCUGCCUUAAAGAGGGUUCCUGGGUGGGAAGAUGUUGAAUCGAAAGUUCCUUUAAAUAUAGAAGAGCAUCCUGCAGAACAGCAGGAGGAGAAGGUGGACAUUGUGAAUGUAAUCAAAGAGCUCUGGCAGGACUUCCUGCAAUGUUACUCUUCCCGGACUCUGCUGUGUUGGUCUGUGUGGUGGGCACUGUCAACAUGUGGCUACUUCCAGGUCAUAAACUAUGCUCAAGGCUUGUGGGAAAAGGUGCUACCGUCGCAAAGCUCUGAGAUCUAUAACGGUGGUGUGGAGGCUGUUUCUACAUUGUUGGGAGCUGUGGCUGUGUUUGCUGCAGGCCACAUAAAAAUAUCUUGGGCUACUUGGGGUGAAAUAGCCUUAGCCAUGUUCUCCCUCUUCAUUGCUGCGGCUGUGUAUAUCAUGGACACCAUUCGUAACAUCUGGGUAUGCUACGCUUCCUAUGUAGUAUUCCGAAUUGUCUAUAUGCUGCUCAUCACAAUCGCAACGUUCCAGAUUGCUACGAAUCUAAGCGUACAGCGCUAUGCCCUUGUGUUUGGGGUCAAUACUUUCAUUGCCCUGGCAUUGCAAACGCUGCUCACAUUGAUAGUUGUCGAUGCAAAAGGGCUUGGGCUGGACAUAUUCACACAGUUCAUGAUCUAUGCUGGUUACUUUGCUGCCAUAUCGGUUGUGUUCUUGAUCAGUGGCACAUGCAGUAUUAUCCAGAACUAUCGGAGGAAGAAGGAGAGAAGGAGAAAUGACACUACAGCAGACGAUGCUUAAAGUGCAGAACAAGGACUUGCUCAACACCUGUGUUGGGGGAAGGGUGAUCUAUUUUAAACAUGCCGGUUCCUAUUUAUUGAUGUAUUCCAAUGCUGUUACUUCAAGACUGUUACCUGAAUUGCACUUGAUGUAUAUUUGUACUAUAUUAGUAGCGUAAGUUAGAUCCAGAAUGUAUAUAAUUAUAUCUUACAUGAGUAAGAAUACUAGAUAUACCAAAAUGGCCUCAAGUAAGCUUUUUUUUGUCAAAGCUGCCCAUCUGGGGACAGUCAGAAGCAUGCUUCAGGCUUGCUGAUUGCCCCUCUUGCCUCUUGAGACAGACAAGCCAUAAAGCAGUCACUGGAAAAUGGAAAAUGAUUAAUUUUGUUUUGGAAAACUAAUAAAAUUUUAAAAAUAAAAAAUGAAAAUUGAAAAUGAUGGCUUUGUUUAACUAGCUCAGCCCAUGCCAUCAAUGGUUUGUAGGCUGAGACUCGGAGGAACUUGAAGUAUUGAUUCAGCAGCCAAAAACGAAGCAGUGGCAGCCUUUACGUCAAGUUGGAUGUGGCAGUAGAAGAACACUGUCCUGGACUGGUAGAGGCACAGGCUGCGUUCAGACAACAUGAUAGUCAACGGUGGGGUAAUAAUCAACUCGACAACUGCUGAUCUAGGGGGUACUCCCCACACAACAUGAUAACAAUUAAUUGUGCUGUGGAUUAGGAUCAGUGUUGAGUUGACUAUUAGUUCACUCUGAGUUGACACACUCAUUGCCCGCUGUCUCUCCCCCCCCUCAGUCCUCCCAUGAGUAUCCCAUCAGCCAUUCCUGUUGAAAAUCUAUCCUGCCAGCUGGACUAGAGCGGCCACCGGUUUAACUGCUCUUGCCUUGUGACUCUGUGGUUGAUGAAAUAACCAAUGGUGGCCGAGCAAAUAACCAACAGUGCCCUCCACACGACACGAUAAUCAGUGGUGGUUCAAAUAGCCAACUCUGCACAACGUUGGUUAUUUGCAUUGGUUAUUUUGGCCAAAUAGCCAACUGUUGGUUAAAAAAACUCCCUCCACACAACAUGAUAACUCAUGGUGGGUUAAAUAACCAACCGUCAACUAGUUAAACCACCAUUGGUUAUUGUGUUGUCUGAACCCAGUCACAGUCUUGAAUGUUAAAUAGACCUCAUGUAUAUGCACAAACAUUUCCCACACUGCAGUAUUCCUGUCUUAUCUUAUCUGCCUUUUUGGUGUGUCUAAAGCAAUGAUGGGCAAUGUGUGGCCUUCCACAUGUUCGGUGACUGUAACUCCCUUUAUCCCUAGCCAGCAUAGAUAAAGUCCAGCAACAUCUGGAGGGCCACACAUUCUCCAUUCCUGUCUAAAGGUUUAGUUUUCUCUGAUUGCCCUUACCCAUCAAGUAUAAGUAGAUGGAUUGACCCACUGACCUCAUGAAAUGUCAAGUUGUACUUCUUAAAUAAUAGGUAAUUUAGGGCAUUGAGAGUGCAAGAAACAAAACUAUGUGUGUUCACAUUUGGCCUGUCAUCCUGAGAAACUCUAGACUUUAUUCAGCUCCUCCAGAGGGAUCAGUCUCUUAAGCUCCUGUAUUUAAACUGUUGACAAGACUUUUCAUAGUGUCUGGGGAGAAUGAACUGACAUCAGUAUUGUUUUGCAUAAUCUGUUCAAAUAAUAUAAGUCCCCUUGAUUGCCAUUUUAGCCUAUAGCUAUUGUGUUUUUGAACUGUGGCAUAAAUGCAUUUGACAACACCGGAUGGAAGCUCAUCCUUAUGAUUGUUUCCUUUGAUUUCCGCUAGUAAUUAAGUAGUAUGAUGCCUGUUAAAGCUUUGUUUGUUUAGUGUGGACUUCUUGUGGCUUUCUUAGACUUUUUCUAAACUGAUUGCAGGUGAGAGAAGUAUAGAAUGGGAUUAUUUUCUAAUGAAAAGGAGCAUUGUCUAAGAACUAUGCCUUUAGAUUCUGUAGAUUUUAGGGCAGGGAGUGGUUUUAUACCAAGAGGCUGUUAUGUGGUUUGUGUUCAUAGGCAUCUUGAGGAAACAGGGAUGCUAAAUUACAUGUCUUGCUUCCUUUCCACAUCCAGUUAUUUUGGCCACAUUUAUUUCCGGUGACCAGCAAAAUAAUUGCAAACGAGAGGGUUGAAUAAAUCCAUAACAAGCAGGUCUUAGGGUUGCACCCUGAUCCUUGGCCUAGAUCCUAAGGAUGUUAAACCUGUCCACAUGAUGGGACUAUGUCAAUGUUUCAUAUUUACUAUAACAGGGAUAGUAAGCCUUUUAUGGACUGAAGGCCUUGUUGGCUCCAAGAAUAUUGGGGGCUGUAUAAUCAAAGAGCAAGGUGGGUCCACAAUCCAAAGUAUUCAGUGUGUACACAUUUUGGAAAACCAUUGCCAGUUGUGCUUCUCAUAUAAAUGCAGCAAAAUGUCCAUGUGCAUGUGAACUGUGUGUGACUUCCAAUAAGGAACUGCUUUCCAUGUAGGUGGAGAGGCAUAAUGUGUGAAGAGGCCCUUACUAUAAGCUCCGUUUGUAGCGGACAGGUAGUACUUGUUCAUCUAGUGGUUUCCUUGCUACAUAAAAAUCAAAUGAAGGAGAUGGAAAGAAAGGAGGGAUGUGCAAAAUGAAUAAAUAAGAAUUCUUGUGUGUGAUUGUGAUGUCCCAUUCUGUUGCUGAGUUUGCAGUACUGAACUUAGCAAUUAUGUAUCAGCUUCAACUCUGAUACAGCACCUGAAAUAUACUACUGAUCCCAAACUACAGAGAGCUUGAAACAAGAUUUUAAUGCAAAUAUUGCUCACCUUUGAUGCAAAGUCUUGAAGAUUCCAUAAGAAAAUAAUUGAAACAGCCAGUCUCUUAUGUAAAUUCACGCACCUUUCUUCACCCAGUAAGAUUUUUCCCCAGUUGCUUCUGGGUAUCUAAGAUGUCUUCUAAAUAGAAACCUGAAAAUACUUGUAGCAGGAAAGGUGAGAUCCUGCACCAGUUCACAAGCCUGACAAAAAAAAGGGCUAGGUAAUCAAAAGGGGAAACUGAAUCUUUUAAUCUAAUAGUAAAGCAUAUUUCUUGCCUCUGAGCCAAACUAGUUGUGAGGAUAAUUGUAUGAAAAAAAGCAGCGAGUGGGUGGGGAAGAAAAGUUUAACUCUUCCUCUCCCUGCUAUGCUCCUAACAAAAAUCACCUCUCCAAAGAGGUACAUUCCAAUGGAAGCAUUAAGUGAGGGCAGUGGGAGCUUCAUUUGAAAUGCAAAUAGCACUUCUGGAGAGGUGACUUUUGUUGUGACCCUGACAAAGGGACAGGGUUUCCCUCUCCAUCCGUACCCCUCCCACCUGCCUGCUCAGCCUUCCCCUCAGCUGCUAUUUAUGUAACAAAAAAUCAUGUAUGUUAACUCCAUUCACUCAGUUAAAAUUGCAUAUUGUUCUCUUCUGGAGGAAUUGAAAUAACUAUAAAAUCUCAUCUGUGGAAAAGUCCUGUUAAUAGAAGGUGGGCAGACAGACAUCUUCAUUGUUGAAGAGUUGUAUGUAGUAGUUGGUUAUGCUGCACUAGUCCAGUCUACUGAAUAUAAGCCAGGAAAUGGUUCCAGGGUCAUUGAUGUUGCUGUAAUGAUGCAAAGGUGGUGUAGUAAUGGAGAAAACAAAUAAUAUAGUUAUUUUAAUAAUUAUAUUAUUUAAUGAUAACAUAAGAAAAAACUGUCAGGAAAAUGGUUUGUAAAACUAAAAUACAUGUACAAACAAGGCAGUUGUGGGAAGGAAAAUUUUACUCUUCAAGUCGUAAAACUAUUUUUUUAAUCAA